AUGCCGAAUAUAGAUCAAUUCAAAAAUCCGCAGGCACGUAAAGUAGCAGCUCUCUACCAUAUUGUUGGGCAAUACAUUCAAACACCUAAAGUCGGCGGUUUCAAGUUUCCUAAUACGAAACCGUUCGGUGAGAUGAAGGAUUUCGCCGAAGCGAAAGGUUUCAAAAACCAUCCCGUUGCUCAGGGCGAACUCGGCCUUGGGGAUUGGUACCGCGCUGAUAUGUUAGCCACUUUCUUCAAAGAAUUGCUCGAGUGCCCUGUCGACGAGGGCAAGUUGAGCCUACUAGAAUCUAAUUCAUGGCGCCUUUCAAAGGAGAAGCUUUUUCAACAUCAUCGGGGGAACACUACUGAAGUCCACUGGCGGACCGGCUUUUUUCUCUACCCCAAUGAAAAAUCUAGGCGGGAUUCUAUAUGCUUCCUUACAACCGAGGAUUCCCUCGACCAAGACACCCUCACUCCUGGCGAAGUUGCCUGCAUUGCGGGCAGCGGUUUUUCCAGAUUGCCAAAAAGGAAAGCUCCCAAACAAGUGGCAGCACCAGUCACAGUCGUGUCGGCUUCCGGAAAAGGCCUCAGGGUUAUUCAAGGCUGUGCUGACAACGAUGGCUUGAUCAACCUAUUUAAGACGAGUUUCAUCAAGGUCGAUGGAGCACUAGAGCAAUAUUAG